ACCUUAGAGCCUUCUCUUCGCAGAUUGUCAGGACGUUCUACAUAGAUGUGGAUGAAAGACCCCAGAAGCAACAAACGUCACAAACAAAACCAUGGCUAUAAGCUCUGCUGGGUUUGUUAUAUGGAUUCUUUUCAGAAUUUGGCUAAUGACUGAAAAUCUAAGUUCCAGCUCAACUAGUAUAUGAUUCCUCUGUAAGGAAGUGUAUUUUUAAACCAUAGGUUGCAACAUAAUAAUGGGUCGUGGAUUCGGUUUACCGCGUGGUGACCAGCGUAAAACACAUGCAUAAUAAUUACGCAAUAUUAUAGAAUGUCGGGGGCGGGAAGGGAAGAGAAUAAAAAUUUGCAUCCCACACAGUUAAGGGUCCUUGAUUAUCGGCGAGUCACUGAGGUUCCGAGAGGGGUGUCUCUGCUAAGGCAAACAGCGACCCAGCCGCCUCCCACGGUCUGACCUCCGCCAAGGUGACGCGGCUUAAAGUCAACCGGCGGAAGAGGAGUCGAACGGGACGCGUGCGUGGGAGCGCGCAUGAGCGUACGUGCGUGUGCGCGUGCGCUCCAGAGCGUCAUCGCCCAGAACUGUGGCGACGUGUCCGGCGCUACCCUCGUUACAGGAAUGUGUUUCUGAUCAUCUGAAUCUUAAUCAUGUCCAACUGCCUGCAAAAUUUCCUGAAAAUUACAAGCACUCGUCUUCUAUGUUCAAGAUUAUGCCAACAGUUAACAAGAAGUAAAAGGAAGUUUUUCGGAACUGUGCCAAUAUCCAGAUUGCAUAGGCGAGUUGUCAUUACAGGCAUUGGCUUAGUGACUCCUCUUGGUGUUGGAACUCACCUGGUUUGGGAUCGUCUUAUCGGAGGAGAGAGUGGAAUUGUUUCACUGGUUGGUGAAGAGUAUAAGAGUAUCCCUUGCAGUGUUGCUGCUUAUGUGCCAAGAGGUAGAGAUGAAGGUCAGUUCAAUGAACAAAACUUUGUGUCCAAAUCAGAUAUCAAGUCCAUGUCUUCUCCCACCAUCAUGGCCAUUGGGGCUGCAGAAUUAGCCAUAAAGGAUUCUGGCUGGCAUCCUCAGUCAGAAGCUGAUCAGGUGGCUACUGGUGUUGCAAUUGGCAUGGGAAUGAUUCCUCUUGAAGUUGUUUCUGAAACUGCUUUGAAUUUUCAGACAAAAGGUUACAAUAAAGUUAGCCCAUUUUUUGUCCCUAAGAUUCUAGUCAAUAUGGCAGCAGGCCAGGUCAGCAUUCGAUACAAACUCAAGGGCCCAAAUCAUGCAGUAUCCACAGCCUGUACCACAGGAGCUCAUGCUGUGGGAGACUCUUUUAGAUUUAUAGCCCAUGGUGAUGCUAAUGUGAUGGUGGCUGGAGGUACAGAUUCUUGUAUUAGCCCUUUAUCUCUUGCUGGGUUUUCCAGAGCCCGGGCUCUGAGCACAAACUCAGAUCCCAAGUUGGCAUGUCGACCAUUUCAUCCAAAGAGAGAUGGUUUUGUAAUGGGAGAAGGUGCAGCUGUGCUGGUGCUGGAAGAAUAUGAACAUGCUGUUCAAAGAAGAGCCCGGAUCUAUGCAGAAGUUUUGGGCUAUGGACUCUCAGGUGAUGCUGGUCACAUAACUGCCCCUGAUCCUGAAGGAGAAGGUGCCUUAAGGUGUAUGGCUGCUGCUUUAAAAGAUGCAGGUGUACAGCCUGAAGAGAUAUCUUAUAUCAAUGCACAUGCUACUUCCACACCAUUGGGAGAUGCUGCUGAAAACAAAGCUAUCAAACAUCUCUUCAAAGACCACGCAUAUGCCCUUGCAGUUUCCUCAACUAAGGGAGCAACAGGACAUCUGCUGGGAGCUGCAGGGGCAGUCGAGGCAGCUUUUACCACAUUAGCUUGUUAUUAUAAAAAACUACCACCUACUUUAAACCUGGAUUGUACAGAACCAGAAUUUGAUCUUAACUAUGUUCCACUAAAGGCGCAGGAAUGGAAAACUGAGAAAAGAUUUAUUGGCCUCACCAAUUCCUUUGGUUUUGGUGGUACUAAUGCAACACUUUGUAUUGCUGGAAUGUAGAACAAAUCAUUUGUAAUUAAAUACUGAUUUUUAAAUGUUA